CGACUCUUUCGCCCGCUCGAACGUCACCUAUUUUUAACUUCUACAGUGGUACAUCAACCUCACUCGCAACUGAGACCUCCCCCAAGACAAAAAGACCACAAAAUGGAUCCCUACACUACAGACCCCAGCAAACUCUUCAGCGUGGAGGGAAUGGUCGUAGUGAUUACCGGAGGAGGCACCGGAAUCGGUCUCAUGAUGACCAAAGCCUUCGCUCACAACGGCGCCUCCAAAGUCUACAUCAUCGGGCGCCGCAAAGAAAAGCUCUCAGCAGCCGUCCUCGAAGCCGGAUCUCGCGGAAACGUCAUCCCCAUCGUCGGAGACGUAACCAACCCACAAAGUCUCCAAUCCAUCUCCUCCCAAAUCCAGUCCGAAGCAGGCUUCAUCAACCUCCUCAUCUGCAACAGCGGAGUCUACUCGCCCUCGAUCGCCAACCCAGCGCAAGUCCCCAUUUCCGAAUUCGUCCAAAAAGCAUUCUCACAAGGCCCCGAAGUCUGGAAUGACAGUUUCGCCACAAAUUCCACUUCAGUAGCAUUUACCGCUUUUGCAUUUCUCCCGCUUCUGCACGCGGGGAAUUUGCGAGGGAAUUGCGCGGGUCGCCAAAGUCAAAUUCUCGUCACGAGUAGUAUUGCGGGCUAUUUGCGAAAUCCUCAAGCUGUUGGGGCGUAUCCCGUGACCAAGGCUGCUACGACACAUUUGGUGAAGGGGUUGGCGGGUGCGUUGGUGCCGUAUUCCAUUCGAGUGAAUGCUCUGGCGCCGGGGUUGUUUCCUUCGGAUUUGGCGGCGGAGUUGAUUGCGAAGGGGGGAACUCCGCUGAAGGAGGAUCCUUGUGUGGAAGGGGCGUUUGCGAAGAGUUUUAUUCCUGCGCAGAGAGUUGGUUCACCGGCCGACAUGGCAGGUACAGUCCUCUAUCUCGCCUCGGCAGCAGGCGCGUACGUGAAUGGAAAUAUCCAAGUCAUCGAUGGAGGUCGAAUUGCCAUUAUGCACGGGACGUAUUAAUGUAGAUUGAGAUUUUCUUUCUUGAGAGCUACCUGAUAUAUACAUACCUUGAUGGAAUUGAAAUUUCAC